AUGGGCGUUCCAUUCUUUUUCUAUUGGCUCUUACAGGAAUGCCCUGAGAUGAUUCGGGAAGUGGUUCCUUCCUCUUCUCUUGACUCAAAGCAAGAGAAUAAAUUUCCCAUUGAUCAUCUCUUUCUUGAUCUUAACGGAAUUAUUCACACCUUUAAAGACUGUAAUUUACAAACAAAAGUGUUGGAUAAAUUAUUUCAAACAAGCAGCAAUACACAUCAAAAGGAUUCCGAACAAAAAUCAGAUGCAUCAAGCUCUGAUCCAUCCACUCACGAGGAAGAUACGACGCUAGAAUUAACGUUUGAACGAUUUAUUCUUUCGAUCAUGUUAUAUAUUGAAGAAAUUGUGUAUCGAUUUCCUCCUUGUAAGACUUUAUAUUUUGCUCUGGAUGGUGUUGCACCCGCAGCAAAAAUCAAUCAACAACGAGAAAGAAGAUGGGUAUCCUUUAAGAAUAGUACUGGAUUGCCAAAAAGACGAACCACUGCGCAUUCGACAGUUGGUGCCAGUAGCAAAGAGGAUGCUCUACUCGAUUCCAUUUCAAUCACGAGCGGCACCUCUUUCAUGAAACAAUUAUCCGAGCAUUUACAAUUUUUCAUCAAGAGAAAACUUCAAGAUGAUCAACAUUGGAGAAGUAUUGAAAAUAUUGUGUUUUCUGAUUCUUCAGUGCCAGGAGAAGGUGAACACAAAAUUAUUGCACACAUUCGAGAAUUACAAAAAUCUAAAACUAAUGUGAACACUAGUGUGAAUAGCAAUGAAAAAUUUAUGAUUUAUGGAAUGGAUUCAGAUUUGAUAUUUCUUGCAUUAACGACACAUGAAGAACAAUUCUACAUUUUACGUGAUUGGACGUCAUCGGUACAAUUAAAUUCACAGCAACUCUAUCAUAAUUGGCGAAUCAAGAGAAGGCUUAAAAAAGCAAAAGGUUAUGAUAAGGAUCGGUUCGAUCACAAGUUCCAUGUGGUUGACAUUUCUGUGGUGCGAAAAUUAAUUUCAGAUUACAUGAAGAAUCAAGAGGACAAGUCUUCACCUCCUGUUGAGUUUGAUUUGAAUAGAGUGAUUGACGAUUUUGUUCUAAUGCUUUUUCUCUGUGGAAAUGAUUUUGUCACAGCACUUCCAACACUAGAUAUAGGAAAGGAGGAAAAUGCAUUGGGAUAUUUGUUCAAGGUCUAUCGAAGCUUAUUCACUACUGUAUUUAAGUUCCAGUACAUAUCAGACACUAGUAACACUUCAAAAUUAAUUGAUUUAGACAAACUUGAACUGUUCAUACAAGUCAUUGGAAAAUUGGAAGUUCGAGUUCUCACCAAUCGUCUCAAGAGAGAGUUAGAUUUAUUAAACCAAAAAAAGAAAAUUGAGGAAGAAAAGAAGAAAAAGAAGGAAGAAAAAGAACCAAAAGCUGGUCAUACCGAUGACAGUGACCUUGAGCUUGUUUCAUCCAGCGUCAAUCCAGAGCAUUAUAAGAACUUGCUGUCCAUGAUUGAUUUGAAUAAUCUCAUGUGCUUGAAUGCAACACAAGAUUUGAAACAGUUUUUAUUGCUGUCAUCCAUCACAAAAAGUGUCUCUGGUACCUUUACUUCUCAGUAUGUGGUGAAAAGUACCAUUGAUUCUGAAAUCAUGUUUGAUAUUCAAUUUAAACAACCAUUGAGUCUUUGUAGUUUAAUUUUAAGAAUUGGAAAUUCGGCACAACAACUGAAUGGAAUGGUAGUCAAGCUUUUUGUGAAUCAAAAUGUGGAUUUUGUCGCAAUGGAAACUCACAAAGUUGCUCAAGAAUUUUCCUCUACUGACCUUUUGAAUGCACUCGAGACUUGUGAACUCAAAUUGAAACUCAACGCAUUCCAAAAUGUGAGCAGACUCAGUAUCAUUGUUGAGAAUGUAAUUCAAAAAACUCAGACCACAACCAUUGAUCAAUUAGUUCUAUUUGGAAAUGUCUCCACAAAGACAGGAAGCAAACUUGUCAAAGUAUCGAAAAAGUCAUGGAAAAAGAAGGAUUAUAGUCAUCAAAAAAAGCACAACAUUUCUUUUGAGAUGAGCCAAGAGGAAGAACGUGUGAAGAAAUUCAAAGUCAUUACCAAUUCCAUUUCUUUAAAAAAGAAGGAAGGAAUGCCUCCUCCACCCUAUGUGGACAUUGAAAAGUGGAAAACCAAUUACUACAAGAAGAAGAUGAAUAUUGUUUAUGAUCAUGCGGUAGAAGGAGGUGGCGAGCAAGUCAAGCAUCUCGUGUCUGAAUAUGUUCGUGCAUUGUUUUGGAUCUUUCAUUAUUACUAUUUUGGAGUUCCUUCUUGGGAAUGGGCAUAUCAGUGUCAUUAUGCUCCAUGUGCAAGUGACUUUAAGCAUUUGAAAGAGCUUUUCAAAGAUGGUGUUGUGAACUUCCAAAAAGGAAGACCUUUCAAUGAUGUUGAGGGUUUGUUAGCAGUUCUUCCACUUUCUAGAAUAAGUCUUGUGGAGGAGUGUUUAAAUGAAAAGCAACGACAUAGACUGAGGUUUGGUCUCUCAUCUGCCACAUCCCCUCUUCAUUCUCUAUUUUAUACAACUACUACAGAUUCAGAACAUCCAGUGCAGCCAAUUGAAGAUGUUAUUGAAAUUGAUCCCAAUGAUGAGGGACUAAAAACCUCCUUGAACGAUCCAUUUUAUCACUAUUCGAGAAUGGUUGUGCAUUUACCAAUUGUUGAAGUUAAAGAAAUUCGUAAAAUAGUGGACGAUAUCUUGAACGUGCAUGAAGGGCAUGAAACGAAUGUAGAACCCCCAAACAUUUUGGUAUUAAAAUGGGACGACAAGGCCAGUCCGACAACAUCAAUACCAUCCACGAUAUCUGUUUUACCUAAAAUUGAGAACUCAAAGGUAACCUUGACAAGAAUUCCCUUUGAGAAUGAUAAUAAUGAGGUCAUUAAGCUUAAUCUUUGA